AUGAAGUCCCUUCACGGCCUCGUUGGCCUCCUUCUGUCGGCAAGCCUGGCAUCAUCCGGGCUUGUUCCUCGAGACGCUAGCAUCCCCACUGCCAAUCAGACUAGCGAGAACGGCUCUAUUGAGUGCGAUAAACGUGGUACACGCGGUACCCUGGUCAGCCAGUCGAAUGCUCCCGCUAACCUUGUCCGCCUCUCGAACAACGCAAUUCAGGGCGUCUCCAACUACACCUACGAUGAAUCGGCGGGUGAAGGAAUCACGGUCUACGUGAUCGAUGGAGGCAUUCGUCUCACGCAUAAGGAGUUUGGAGGGCGUGCCAGUUAUGGCGCUAUAUUUUCAACCAUAUUACCUAGAAAUGAACGUGACUAUGAUGGUCACGGAACCCAUAUCGCUGGAAUUAUUGGUGGCGCAACGUAUGGCGUCGCCAAGAAGGUAAAGCUUGUAGCUGUCAGAAUAGACAGCAAGAACGCAUCACAGAUGAUAAAGGCAGCGGAUUUUGUCAUUGAAGAUGUCAAAAAGAAGGGCAUCCAAGGGAAAGCCGUCAUCUGCAUGUCAAUGCACAUUGACGCCUCCAACGAGGUCGAUCAGAAAUUUGAAGAAGCCGUUGAUUCAGGGGUGGUGGUGGUGGUUAGUGCUGGCAACAAUAAUAAAGAUGCCGGAAACUACUCCCCCGCAAGGCAUCCAAAAAUCAUCACCGUUGCAGCAAUAUAUGAUGACACUGAUUUCCACUGGCCCAAUUCAAACUGGGGUUCCUCGGUUACCAUCUACGCUCCUGGCGUUGGAAUAAGGAGUGCAGGUCCUGCUUCCGAUACCGACAAAAGACUUUAUGAUGGCACAAGCCAGGCUGCUCCCCACGUUGCUGGCCUCGCUGCAUACAUCAUGGCCCUCGAGGGCAUCACUGAGCCUGCCAAGGUCAUGUCCCGGCUGAUAAGUCUUGCCGAGGAAACGGGGUCCCGAGUCCAUUGGACGGAUCCCAACACGACCACCCUUAUUGCCACCAACGGACUGGCAGGUAGACUGGAUCCUGCCAUUGCAAACAAGGUCAAGAAGCUCCCUUGGCUCUCUCCUGAAGGCUAUUUAGUUGAUAGAGUUACUCCUUGUGGCAGCUUCUACUAUAGCGAUGCAAAUUGCGGCACCGCCCGCUACUGUGAUUCUUACGACAGAGGUAAGCCUACAACCCCCAAGAAAGGCUUCUUUAAAAGCGCCCAGGAAUGUCUCGAUGCCCAUGAACCACCACCCAUUCUACCUUGGAUUGAAAAGCCAACGAUUGUCCGUCACGAGCGGUGCGAUGAAACUGACAUCAGUGCCAAAUGUCCGGAGGCGUGUGGCACCGAGAAGUAUGACGAGGAAUUUUGUGGCACCAAGUUUAUCUGUGAGGGCUUUGACGAAAAGCCGAAACCCAUAUGGGCCAUCGAAUACCCGAAUACAAAGGCCUGUUUCGACGGUCACGAGCCUCAACCUGUCUCUUCGAACCAAAGCAUGCCCGCUGCUGCCGCAUAG